AGUUGCCUUCCACCGAGACGAGCCGACGAGUGGGCGAACAUGAAGUCCAGUCCUGCCAUCCAAGCCGCCAUCGACCUCACAGCGGGGGCCAUAGGGGGCACAGCGUGUGUCCUGACCGGGCAGCCCUUCGACACCCUGAAAGUGAAGAUGCAGACGUUUCCCGCCCUGUACAAGGGCCUCACCGACUGCUGCCUCAAGACCUACUCCCAAGUGGGCUUGCGGGGCUUCUACAAGGGGACUGGUCCAGCGCUCAUUGCCUAUGUCGCCCAGAACUCGGUCCUCUUCAUGUGCUACGGCUUCUGCCAACAGUUUGUGAGGAAAGUGGUUGGACUGGACAAGCAGGCAAAACUGAGUGAUCUGCAGACUGCAACCGCCGGUUCCUUCGCCUCUGCGUUUGCUGCGCUCGCCCUGUGCCCCACUGAGCUUGUGAAGUGCCGGCUACAGACCAUGCACGAAAUGGAGAUGUCAGGGAAGAUAGCAAAAAGCCAUAAUACAGUUUGGUCCGUCGUGAAGAGCAUCCUUAGAAAGGAUGGCCCCUUGGGCUUCUACCACGGACUCUCGAGCACUCUAAUUCAAGAAAUACCGGGCUAUUUCUUCUUCUUCGGUGGCUAUGAACUGAGCCGAUCGUUUUUUGCCUCAGGGAGAUCGAAAGAUGAACUAGGCCCUGUCCCUUUGAUGUUAAGUGGUGGAAUUGCUGGAAUUUGCCUUUGGGGUGUCAUAUACCCAGUGGACUGUAUCAAAUCCAGAAUUCAGGUUCUUUCCAUAUCUGGAAAACAGGCAGGAUUUAUCGGAACUCUUCUAAGUGUUGUGAAAAAUGAAGGAAUAGCAGCCUUAUAUUCUGGACUGAAAGCUACUAUGAUUCGAGCGUUCCCUGCCAAUGGGGCACUAUUUUUGGCUUAUGAAUACAGCAGGAAGAUGAUGAUGGGCCAGUUUGAAGCAUACUGAAGUGUCUUCAUGAAGCUAGAUUCAAGUACAUGUCUUUGAGGACUAUAGUUUAUCUCAGGGUUUCAUGGAGUACUGGACCAAAGUGGAAUUAUUUUUUACUUCAUGGGAAUUUUGUUUUUGUCUUCCCUUCUUCUACCCUAAAUCUUAAACUUUAUAGAAGAACCUCUAUUUCAUAUUAUAGAAUUUCUGCCCAUAAUUGUAUUGACAUAGAAAAGUUGCUGCUCUUGUGUUUGGUGGGACAUACAGAGUGAGCAGAUAGCUCAAUGUACCUAAUCUGAAAGGCUAAAUAUAGUUAUAUCAUGGCUUUUGCAUAAACCUGUACUUAUACAUGCAGUUUGGUUGGUUAUGUGUUGUGAGUGAAACACAGUUUGGUUCCAUGUUUAAUCUCAGGUCACCAGAAAAACUGAGUUAACCAUGUUUCAUGAAGAGGCUUACAAAUGAUUGCUUAACCCAUUCAAGAUGUAGGGUCUCUAAAACUCUGCCUAACGUGUGCAAUGCACUAGGCAAUUAAAGUUUUUUAAAAGUUUUUGUAUGGUGCUUGAAAACCAAAAUACUCACCUAGAUUUUUAAGAGGAGAAUUUACCUGCAUACUCGUUGUGGCUUUCACAUUCUUGAGUCUAAGUUUCAAAGUAGGCAUCCUGGAUUUUCCCAACAUGCUCUGCUGUUAAAAUGGUGCCAUUCAUUUUCAAAAUGGGAUCAUAUUCCGCAGUCUUCAUUAGGUAUGGCCUAGAGCAUCAGACCUUUGGGAAGCAGCAUGGCCUUCAUCUGUACCAACUUCCCUUCUUCUCCUCUCCCAAAGAGCUUCCCUCCCCCGGGCUUUGGGUGGAGGAAGCGGCUGAGGGGAGGGAGCUGUGCUGCUAUGCUUUGAUGCAGACCCAUGUCGCUGACAACAGUUCUUAGCUUCCAGUCUUCCAAGGAGUUCUGUUGGUCCAAUUAGGGGUUGUUGAUCCACUUUGGAUCAUUCACUGUCCUCUCUGCCUCACCAGUCAGAAACCCUUCCAGGGAACAGAAAGUGCCAAAGCCAAGAAAGCUUUUGUUUCCUGUUUGGUGAUCAAACUGUGACAGUACUCAUGGAUGAAGUCCUUUCCUCUCAGGCAGAACUAGACAGAACUUAGUGCUUGCACUCCACAGUGAGUAAUGUUAGGGCCGACCCAUCUUGAAGUUUACCUUGGGGUCCAUAACCCCUUGCCAUGCUUUUACAGUAUUGGAACUUUCUAAAUUUUGUACUGGCCAUCAGUGAAUUUCAAUGAUGACUGUAUAUGGGGUGUGACUUUAUAAAGCAAUGAAACAUAAGAAAAGCAAUUUUAUUAAAUUAUACCAUAUGUAUGUAUAUAUGAACUGCCAAAAAAAAACAAAAACCCCAAAACCAAAGUACAUCUGAUCCCCACAGACUUGGUGAUGCGCACCAUAUGGCCUAUGGUAUAAGAGGGUCAUUCUUGUCACUACUAAAGUAAGCCUCACUAUUUCUUGCUGCUCCAAGACCAGCAGAGUCUCUCUCAAUAAGAAGUGUUCUUAAGCAGCCUGUAAAGCUGAAAGCAAGCAGGGUACCAGGCUUAAGAACAGUCCACACCGCAUGUGUCUAUUGCUGUCCGCAGAACGUAAAUCUAGUGUGGAAUCUCUAGUUUUCUGCUAUCUGUGAAGCCUCUGUGGUAACUCUAGCCAUCGCGCCAGAAACAUAGGUCAGGGAAACAAGAUGUUGACAAGUGGGGGCAGCAGACAUUUGGGGAGGGGAUGUUCAGUGUCCCCUGACCAGUGUGUUCCAGAGCAAUGGCUGGUCUUCCAUUUGCUUUUUCUUUAAAAGAAAACCAUUUUCCUACUUUUAAGUUAUUUAUACAUUUAAGUUAUAUAUCCCAUACUUAAAUGGUCUGUAGCUACUUAGUGGGGCUUCAUCCCAGCAGGCCUGGAUUACAGCAGAAGAGAGAUGAGGACUGGCUUCCAGCAGGAAGAGCACCACUUCAGAGUCCAUGGGCCCCCUGCCCAGCCCCUAUGAGCUCAUCUCAUAUAGUCCUGUUGUCAGCAGACAUUUUCACAAGUUGUCCAUUAAAGGUUUAACUAAAUAUCUGUAAUAGAAAUAGUUUGAGGCAGGUAAGAGUGAGCAGACAUGAGAAAUGGCAACCUAACUCAAGAGAAUUUUUUCCACUCUGUUUGCUUACUUCAUGGUUCAAUAUUUGGGUACAAUUUGUACCAUUUCAGAUCUGUACUCCAGACAAAAAUACAAUAACUUGAAAUAUUGUGUUUAAAGAAAUUUGAGUGUUGUAUCAUUAAAUUAUUUACCUAAAUAAAAAUAUUGAUUUAACUCACACCAUUUACAAUGUGCUGUAUUGAGCUCUGGGUAUUCACACAUUAAUGAUACUUGAUUUCUGUUCUCAAGGAUCUGAUGGUCUAGAUGUUUGUUUUACAGUUGGAAGGGUGGUAUUCUAGAAUAAAAUUUAGAACAAAAAAGUAGAAUCCAAAUUAUGUAUGUGCGUGUGUGUGUAUAUAAAAUCAGUGAUGGGAUCUUUGAAUUUAAGAAGCUCUCUCCCUUAAUUAUGUUUUUGUCUUUGUAUUGUGGUUUCUUUGUAUUCUUUAAAUUAAUGCCAUGGUAUUAUUAUUUUUUCUCCCCUCAGUUUACUGAGAUAUAAUUGACAAAUAACAUUGUGUAAAUUUAAGGUGUACAGUGUGAUAAUUUGAUAUACGUAUAUAUUGUUAAAUGAUUACAAUAAGGUGAGUUAACAUAUCCAUCCCCUCACAGAGUUACCAUUUAUUUAUUUUGCUUGUGAGAUAGUAUUUAUAUCUAUGAUUUAAAUUGGUCAAGUCCAUUUUUCUGAUUCUUAGUUUUAUUUUAAACUUCACUUCCACAUAACAUAAUUUAUCCCUCAACUUUGAAAAAUCUUUUCUAAUAUUUAUUACAUCCUUUGGCCUAUGGUCAGGGCCAGAUGUUCUGCAUGCUACAGUGAUACUGUAGCUAGAAAUUCAUUCUUAGUCCUAGCUUUCAUGGGGAUACCAAGCUGUUGCAGUUGCUGGGUACACGUGACAUCUCAGAAGGAUCAUAUCCAGCACUGGAGUAUCAAACCUGCCCAUUUUCUUGAAUUGAACAAAGAAAAUGUCCCCAUGUUGCUGAAGGUGGAAGAAAAGUAGGUUCUUUUUCUUCUGGCCCAGAGCUCUAAGGAGAGGUGAUAAUUAUUUCCAGGAAGUUGUUAUGUACAUAAAAGAGUCACAGGAGAUUUUUGCUCAAGGUCAGAAAAUGCCCCUCUGUCUAGAGCCUACAUGUCCAAUUUGAGCACAGUCUGAGCUUUGAGUUCCCUGUUUUAAAAGUCCGGAAUUCUCUAGUUCUCUGAUCUCUCCGGAUUCACGUGGAAUGGCCCAGAAGUCUUCUCUGAGAGCCUUUUUGGAAGGUAAAUUAUUUCAGUUUUGGAACUAUCGUCCAAGUCUGACCAGCCUUGUGAACUGCACCUCCACAGUGUUCUCAGCUCCCUUCUAAUGCCAGCGCUUAAAUACUGGUUCCUUGUCAAUAAUGUUUAAAAGGCAGACUAGGAUCUUCCGAUUUGCUGACCUCAUCAGGAUUGGUGGUGGCCAUCAGUACUGAUGCUUUGUUCACUGCACCGGGCUUAAUGGCUUUUUCAAAAUCAGUUCAGGGGCCGGCCCUGUGGCCCAGCGGUUAAAUUCCCAUGUUCUGCUUCUCAGCGGCCCCGCGGUUUGUGACCUGCAUCCGGGCUGCGGACAUGGCACCGCUUUGCCCGCCAUGCUGUGGCAGGCGUCCCACAUAUAAAGUAGAGGAAGAUGGGCACGGAUGUUAGCUCAGGGCCAGCCUUCCUCAGCAAAAAAGAGGAGGACUGGCAGUAGUUAGCUCAGGGCUAAUCUUCCUCAAAAAAACCCCAGUUCAGAACAUUCGGUACUACUGGCUUUAGUCUGCACCUUGAGACGAAAAAUUUCCCUCGUAGGUAAGUAGUUUUGCAGAAAAUUGAUGUCUCAACAAUCCUGCACAUUCUGUGGGUGAAAAAAAAUUCCCUAGAAAGGGUAUUAUUUCCUGCAGAUAAUUGUCUAUAUAGUGAGUAUUUCUACUCUAGCCUAAAGAAGUUUCACUGGGUCUUCCUCAGCAACCUGGACGCUUAGCAGACAUUAGGGCAUCUUUCCACUUAGGUUCUUUGCUCGUUUAUUUACAUACAAACGGCUCUUUUGUGCUUUCGGAGGAAAGGCUCCGUUCUGCCUUUGGAGAAGUGGCGGACGGACUCCUCUGGCCAGCGCUCAGGGUUCCAGAUCUAGGUCCCUGGAGAUAUUGUUCACAAAAAGCCUUUCCCGUCCCCUCGGCACUAGACAGGAGAAUCUUCUCGGACUCCAGCGCCCGUUGGGUCACGAAGAGGCAGCAGAGCAAGGGUGGUCUUCGGUUCCGAGUCUGGAGGCUGCCGCGGCGCCAUUACGGUCUUCCGUAAAGGAUCACGAGAUUCUAGCACGCUGUUGUUUAUGUUCCCGUUCUCUGCCUCUCCACUUUGCUUUGCCGU